AUGGAAAUCGAGUCAUCUAGCUCCACAAGCUCCGCCACCCCCAACAAUUGCGUUGUCUGUGAUCUACCAGCCAAGGGAAUGAACUUUGGUGCGUUCACAUGUCGAGCAUGUGCUGCUUUCUUUAGACGUGCCGCUCACCGUACCUCUAUCAAAAAAUGCGGAAUCCACUCAACUUAUUUGUUGAGCUGCAAAAAAUGCCGACUCCAAAAGUGCUAUGAAGUCGGGAUGAGUACUGAGAAAUUCCAAUUCUACCGAGACCAGAUCAUUGUUAGGAAGGAUAAAAAGGAUUUUUAUAGGUCAUUCGAACAAUUCGUGGGCCGCCCGUUUUUCGUAUUAAACUGCGACCCAGAAAUCUCAGUUUCCGGGAAGAAAGUGAUAGAUUGUAUGCCUCUUAUAGAGAUGGCGGCGCGCGUUUUUGCAAUGGGCAGUGAAUCCCCGCUCUUCUCUAAAAACCGUCUGGUCAAACUAGCUCAAGGACUCCAACAAUUCCAAAACCCCUCCUCCGCUCUUGUAGAGAAAUUCGAAACGACCGACAUGAUGUCUUCUUUUGAAGCGGAAUUUUUGAAAACUUGCAAGUGGUUUACCUAUUUGGAUGAAAUUCAGAUGCUAAGCGGGGAUAAUAAGAAGCUUUCCGUUUCAGCGAUGGGUAGAAUAAACGGGUUUGAUAAUGCGCAGUUUGGAUUGUGGGAUUUAAAUGAGAUGAAUAUCGAUGUGAGCUGGUGUACAAACUACAGUAAUGAGCAGAUUCGAUAUUUCCUGGAAACCAAUUAUGACAGUUACCUCUACCAACUAUUGGAUGAGAUGGUGGCUCUUAGACCCAAUGAUGUGGAGUUAUCCUAUAUGUUAUGCCAAUUGUGUCUACAGUAUGCCGGACAACGAUUUCAAGGAGAGAUUCUAGAAUUCUCUGAAAAAGUGAUGAGUUUAUUAGCUGAUGAUUUGCAUAGCUACUACGGGAAACAGUUGAAAAUGCACAACUAUGCUGGGAGGGUGGCCAAACUCAUCAAAAUCAAUAAUAGGAUUAAUAAGGCUAUCCUAGAAACGCGGCAACGUCAACAUAUUGCCGACGUCUUCGAUAUUUGGACUAUUGAAUUUUCUCAUCCCGAGUUCAUAGUUGAUGCCUGA